AUGUCUGUUUCGCAAAAAUUCAGCGGCCUGUUCCUCUCUGGAGCCCUAGGCAACCAGCUGGAAGAUACGCCACCAACUUCUCCCAAGUCGGCCUUCUUGGAUCACGUGUUUGAGAGUCCACAAAUGGUUAGAAGCAAGUCACGUUGCGGGCCUUCUACCGCACGCCAUGAUCCCCUGAUCGAUAUGUACAAUGAAAAAAGAAGGGCUAAUACUCUGACCCAGUUAGAGGAGCAGCUUGUCCGGGAAGUUGUGGACUUACGUAAGAAAAUGCUAAAGCUCCUUCCAGCACGCGAACCAGAAUCUCCCGAGUCUCAUAUCGAUGCAUUCAAACUCUCUCCCUCUGUGCAGAACAUCCUCCGGUCUAUACGUGCUGGACCAAGGGGAUCUAGCACAGAGUAUCACCUUAUAAAGUGCAUGAAGGCCCUCAAACACACGGAAGAAGAGCUAUACACAACUAAGCAGCUCGUAGAGAAGCAGAAUGCUAUGCUGGAGAGUCUUCUUGUCCAGAAUAGCGAAUUGAUGGCAUACAUUAGGCGCUUGCAGCUGCAGCAAUGA